UAACGAUUGAAAAAUUGAAGGUUCUUAUUGAAACCCAACUCGUUCGCCAUGAAGUGUUUCGUUAUAGUGUGCUGUGCUUUACUGCACCUGACCCAAUCCAAAGUAUUACCAACAUACCUCAAGAAAUAUUCUUGUCAGAAGUCAGACCCAGAAUAUGAAAAAUGCGUCUGGGAAGGAUUUGAAAGUGUGCGACAGUACUUCGUCAAGGGAAUUCCGGAACUUGACGUCCCUCCUGUAGAUCCCUUCAAACUACCAUAUAUGUCUGUCAACAGAACCAUCAAUGAAUUGAUGAGCAUCAGCGCCGUUUGCAAGGAUAUAACAGUGUCAGGGUUCAAAAAUACCAUCAUUGACGAUUUAAAGGCCGAUCCUAUCAAACAUUCAGGUGAAAUCCGUCUUACUAUCCCCUGGUUAUACUUGGAUAUGGACUACGAUGUUAGAGGACAACUUCUGAUCAUCCCGCUGGAAAGCAGUGGUCAUUUCCAAGGAAACUUCACUAACACCCAGAUGUUCGUCAAGGGAAGUUUGAAAACCUAUACCAAAAAUGGGGUAGAAUAUUUCAAAACCAACAAAUUGGAUACCAAAAUAACAAUUGGAGAUGGCGAGAUCAAGUUAACUUCUAAGACUAAAGAAAUGCAAUACGCAGCUGAUCUGAUUACCGAGUUCUUCAACGAAAAUCCAAGACGAGUUUUGGACGCCGUCAAUCCCAUUUUCAUUGAAUGGACCAAGGACUUCUUCAUAGAGAUGUCUGAUGAAAUCCUAGCUACUCUACCAGCAUCUGAAUGGUUACCUGCUUGAAAACUAGUCAGCUUUGUUUGAAAACUGUAAAAAGAUAUGUUCUUGUUCAGCAAAUUCUCAAAAAUUCACUUUUCACACACAAUUGUCACUCUUCUUAUAUUCUUAAGCCUUUUCAGAAAUAAUUUGUUGGGUCAAAUCAGAAUUUAGAUCUGAAAUUAGUUGGUGACUUUUGAAAAGUUUAUGGUGAAAAGGUACUUCAAAAAUUCUAUCUGAACUAACAUACUGUUCUUUAUUGAUUUUGUUAUUAUUAUAGUUUUCAAACAUCUUAGUUAUAAAUGAGAAUUUGAGUUAAAUGUUUGUAGUUUUCAAAAAAAAGUGAAUUCACUUUCUCUCAAAAACAGGUUGUGAACAUUCAAAUCGAUAUAAAUUUUUUUCAAAUUUUCAUAUCACAAUAAUCAAUAUACUGGAGUUGAAAUGCA